AUGACCUUUUUCGACAAGCUCGCGGACGUUUUUGCGCGGCAGACCGAUCCACCCUCGCCGCCCGAGAAGUUUCUUGCGUCUCUCAGCACCCCAUCCGUCUCCGUCGCGGUCCUUGACAGGGGCAGCAUCGAGGCGCGAUGCUUCUCGACCGUCGGUGACAACGAGGGAACACGCUUCCAGGCCGCCAGCAUUUCCAAACCCAUCGCCGGCACUACCGUCAUGAGGCUCGUGAGCCAAGGAAAGCUGUCCCUGGACGACAAGCUCCUCUACGUCCUCCCCGCCGAGCUGUUCGCGAGCCUGGGACCCCCCGGGAUCCUGCGCCAGAUCACCCUCCGCCACCUCCUCAGCCACACGGCCGGGUUCCGCACCUCGAGCUACACGGGGUACGCCGACAACGUGCCAUCGGCGCUGGACACGCUCCUUGACAGGAACGGCGGCCACAACCUCCCCGAGAAGCUCAGCGCUUUCCCCGGGCAGCAGUUCGCCUACUGCGGGGGCAACUUCGCCAUGCUGCAGAUCAUCCUCGAGACGGUGUUCGAGAAGCCGUUCCCGGACCUCGUCCAGGAGCACGUGUUCGACCCCCUGGGCAUGGCGGACUCGACUUUCGCUACCCCGGCGCAGGAAGACGAGGGGGGCAACUUCGCGCGGUCCUGGUGGACGGGCAACAAGCCCCACGAAACGCCGUGGCUUCACCACCCGGAGCUUGCGUCCGGCGGCGUGUGGACCACGCCCGCCGACCUGCUCAGGCUCAUCAGCGCCGUGCAGAGCUCUCUCGGGCCGGACGUCCCGCCGGGGACGGAGAGGUUCCUCCCCCAGGCGCUGGCGGCGGAGAUGCUGACGGAGGUCCAGGGCGGCAUGGCGCUCUCGUGGAUGGUGUCCCGGAAGAGGGGCCACGCGUUCGGGCACUGGGGCGGGAACAGCCCGUCCUUCCGGUGCUACGUCGUCGGCUUCGCGGACACCACCGGCGCGGUCGACGGCCGGGAUCUCGCCGAAGGGUGCGGCGUCGCCGUCAUGACGAACGGGUGGGAGGGCCACGACGUGUGCGCCAAGGUCGCGCACGCCGUGGCGCACCUCAAGGGGUGGCCGUACAUCGGGACGCUGGAGAUGGUCCAGGACUUUGCCGUCCCCGUCAAGGAUCCGUCGAGAGAGGUGGGCGCGCGGUGGGAGGAGUGGGUCGGGCACUGGUCCGAGGGCUGGAGGAUCGAGAAGGACGCGAACGGCGCGCCGCGGGCGGGGUUCGGGGAGCUGGAGGCCCUGGAGCUCGUGCCGGCGGCGCUUCCAGCGGAGCGCGGCGACGAUGGUCCCUCGAUCGACUUCCUAGUAGGAGGAUUGUCCGUGAUGCUCCGGCUCCACGGGGCGAAAGACGAGCGGACGAUUGAGGUGUGGAAUGGUCUGACGCUCAAGUCGAGCAUGCUGAAGAGGGUGUAG